AAACUUUUUGAAAAGGAUGUCGAAAGGUAAUCUCCUAAAGCCCAUGACUUGGUUGCACUGGUAUUACCUGCAAAUUGUAGUACAUUUAAUGCUGUCCCUCAUAAAAAGACACAUCCGACACAGCCAUCCACCUUCCCCUCUCCUUCUCUCCCUCGUUCUUCUCUCUCUGUAGGCCCCCAUCUCUGCCGCGAGCCAGAGGGGCUCGGACCGCCACCAUGAGUUCGUUCAGCUACGAUGAUCCGUACUACUCGACCUCCUACAAGCGGCGCUAAGUGGAGACGCCCCAGAUGCACAUCUCCAGCGUGCGCAGCGGCUACAGCACCGCGCGCUCUGCUUACUCCAGCUACUCCGCGCCGGUCUCCUCCUCCCUGUCUGUGCGCCGAAGCUACUCCUCCAGCUCCAGCUCCUUGAUGCCCAGUCUCGAGAACCUCGACCUGAGCCAGGUAGCAGCCAUCAGCAACGACCUUAAGUCCAUCCGCACCCAGGAGAAGGCGCAGCUGCAGGACCUCAACGACCGCUUCGCCAGCUUCAUUGAGCGCGUGCACGAGCUGCAGCAGCAGAACAAGGUGCUGGAAGCCGAGCUGCUGAUGCUGCGCCAGAAGCACUCCGAGCCCUCGCGUUUCCGGGCGCUGUACGAGCAGGAGAUCCGCGACCUGCGCCUGGCGGCGGAAGACGCCACCGACGAGAAGCAGGGGCUCCAGGGCAAGCGCGAAGGGCUGGAGGAGACUUUGCGCAACCUGCAGGCGCGCUAUGAAGAGGAGGUGCUGAGCCGCGAGGACGCCGAGGUCCGCCUGAUGGAGGCGCGCAAAGGAGCGGACGAGGCCGGUCUUGCCCGCGCCAAGCUCGAAAAACGCAUCGACAGCCUGAUGGACGAAAUCGCCUUUCUGAAGAAAGUGCACGAAGAGGAGAUCGCCGAGCUGCAGGCUCAGAUCCAGUACGCUCAGAUCGCCGUGGAGAUGGACGUGUCCUCCAAGCCCGACCUCUCCGCCGCGCUCAAGGACAUCCGUGCUCAGUACGAGAAGCUGGCUGCCAAGAACAUGCAGAACGCUGAAGAGUGGUUGAAGAGCCGCUUCACCGUGCUGACCGAGAGCGCCGCCAAGAACACCGACGCGGUGCGCGCCGCCAAGGACGAGGUGUCCCAGAGCCGCCACCUGCUCAAGGCCAAGACCCUGGAGAUCGAAGCAUGCUGGAGCAUGUACGAAGCGCUGGAGAAGCAGUUGCAGGAGCUGGAGGACAAGCAGAACACCGAUAUCAGUGCUAUACAGGACACAAUCAACAAAUUAGAAAAUGAAUUGAGAACCACAAAGAGUGAAAUGGCAAGAUACCUUAAAGAAUACCAAGACCUCCUCAACGUGAAGAUGGCUUUGGACAUUGAGAUUGCAGCUUAUAGGAAACUCAUGGAAGGUGAGGAGACCCGACUCAGUUUCACCAGCGUUGGAAGCAUAACCAGAGGCUACUCCCAGAGCUCUCAGGUCUUUGGCCGAUCUGCCUAUGGUGGGUUACAGACCAGCUCCUACUUGAUGUCUACCCGCUCCUUCCCCUCUUACUACACCAGUCAUGUCCAGGAGGAGCAGAUCGAGGUGGAGGAGACCAUCGAGGCUGCGAAGGCCGAGGAAGCCAAGGACGAACCCCCCUCUGAAGGAGAAGCCGAGGAGGAGGAGAAGGAGAAGGCUGCUGAAGAGGAAGGAGCUGAAGAGGAAGAAGCUGCCAAGGAAGAAUCCGAAGAGGCAAAGGAGGAAGAGGAAGGAGGUGAAGGAGAAGAAGGAGAAGAAACCAAAGAAGCCGAGGAGGAGGAGAAAAAAGACGAAGGUGCUGGGGAGGAGCAAGCGACUAAAAAGAAAGAUUGAGCCCCUCUGUCCUUAAGCCUUCCAGGAAGAAUUCUCCCGAAAUCAGGUCAACCCCAUCACCAACCAACCAGAUGAGUUGCAGAUACUAUAUGAAUUAAGAAGUCAA